GCUCUCCUCUCCUCCUCCGGGAGGAACUGCCGCGCUCCGGUGGCUCCUCCGCCAGCGGCCGGCCGGCGGGGGAGGGGGCUCGGCGCCGCGGGACCCGGACCUGGGCGCCGCCCGCCGCGGGGCACGCGCGGCCCCCGCCUCCGCCCGCGCUAGCCCGGCUGCACACAAAACCCCAGGUCACAGCUCCGGGCUGCGGGCGGCCGGCGCGGAGGCUCGGCCCCCACCGGGACCCCCGCCGCCCCGCGCCAUGAGCCAGGUGCUGGGGAAGCCGCAGCCGCAGGACGAGGGCGACGCGGACGACGACGAGGAGGACGAGCUGGUGGGCUUAGCGGACUACGGGGACGGGCCCGACUCUUCGGACGCCGAGCCCGACUGCGGGGCGGAGGAGGGAGUGCUGGACUUCAGCGACCCCUUCAGCAGUGAGGUGAAGCCCAGAAUUCUGCUCAUGGGCCUGCGGAGGAGUGGCAAGUCAUCCAUCCAGAAGGUGGUCUUUCACAAGAUGUCCCCCAAUGAGACACUGUUCCUGGAGAGCACAAACAAGAUCUGCCGGGAGGACGUUUCCAACAGCUCCUUCGUCAAUUUCCAGAUCUGGGACUUCCCGGGGCAAAUUGACUUUUUUGACCCUACAUUUGACUACGAGAUGAUCUUCAGGGGGACGGGAGCACUGAUCUUCGUCAUUGACUCUCAGGAUGACUACAUGGAAGCACUGGCCCGGCUCCACCUCACCGUGACCAGGGCCUACAAGGUGAACGCCGACAUCAACUUUGAGGUCUUCAUUCAUAAAGUGGAUGGACUGUCAGAUGACCACAAAAUCGAAACCCAAAGAGAUAUUCACCAGAGAGCAAACGAUGACCUUGCAGACGCUGGAUUAGAAAAAAUCCACCUCAGCUUUUAUCUGACCAGCAUAUAUGAUCACUCAAUAUUUGAAGCUUUUAGCAAAGUGGUUCAGAAACUGAUUCCACAACUUCCAACACUGGAGAAUUUGCUCAACAUCUUUAUCUCAAAUUCUGGGAUUGAAAAGGCCUUUCUGUUUGACGUGGUCAGUAAAAUAUACAUUGCCACGGACAGCACUCCGGUGGACAUGCAGACCUAUGAGCUGUGCUGUGACAUGAUAGAUGUGGUCAUUGACAUCUCCUGUAUUUAUGGUCUCAAAGAAGAUGGAGCAGGAACCCCCUAUGACAAGGAGUCAACAGCCAUCAUAAAGCUGAACAAUACAACAGUUCUUUAUUUAAAAGAGGUCACAAAGUUCCUGGCUCUCGUUUGCUUUGUCCGAGAGGAAAGCUUCGAAAGAAAAGGGCUUAUCGACUAUAAUUUUCACUGCUUCCGGAAGGCCAUCCAUGAAGUUUUUGAGGUGAGGAUGAAAGUAGUAAAAUCUCGGAAGGUUCAGAAUCGGCUGCAGAAAAAAAAAGCCACCCCUAAUGGAACCCCUCGUGUGCUACUGUAGAGGUUUUGGAAAUGUCUUUUGACAUGAGAUCUUUUAGCAGAGGCUGCUAUACUAAGUCACGCUAAAGAAGAGGAAGGAGAAGACUGGGACAUUUGACCUGAAUUUGUUGUUAAAAAUAAUUACUUCAACUCUCUUAAUCUUUUGUUUUUUUUUUUAAUAAAGCACUUUGAAGCAAAAACUUGUAUAGUAACUAUGAAGUGAAACCAACUGUACCUUCCUGAUACAAAUGUUAGCUUUUCUGAAGGGUGUGCACACUGCCAGGAACUGUACAUAUUUUGCACUUUUUCAUGUUUUUUCUUCACUGAACUGAACUUUGAUAAGAUUACUUUUCUAAGCUCCUUUCUGUACUUGGUGUAUAGGACACAGAUACUGUAGUUUGUCCUUAUAGUAGUCAGAAAUCAAUCAAAAACCAAUGUAUUGCUAAUGGCUGUUUUUGUAAAUUGGGAUAUCUUUGCUACUACUUAAGCUCAAUCAUUUUUUUUUCAGUGGAACUGGAGCAGAUUGGAGCUAGAAGCUCCUAAAGCAAUAAGAGCCAUCCCCCAUUUCUAACAGGUAUACAGGACUUUUAUAGACAAAUAUUAGCCCCAAACUUACCUAAAACUUUCUAUCUCUGAGGCUGCGCUUCCCUAUCCAACAGUUUGUACGAUGCUUUUUACCUUGACACACAUCCUUCCACUUACUUUAUACAAGAGGUGAUUUCUUUUUUGCUAAACUGUUAUUCUUUAGAACCUUUGGGACCAGAUUUCCAAAAUGGUGCCAAUCACUGGAGAGAGAUCCAGAUAUUGUUGAGGCAGAGUUUCUGAGGUUCUUCUGUAACUACCACUUAGGGCUAAAAUUACUUCAGAGGCCAAAUGGUGUUGGCCAUUGUAGACUACAGUUCUGUAACUUGGCUCUUCCCAAUGGCCUGCUGUUGUGCAGUGUUUAGGACCAGUCUUUCACUGUUUCAUGACCAUAGUGACUCCCACUGGUUUCAUUUUCCACCUGAGUCACCUUUUCAUCUGUGCUACUCUGCCUCCAGUCCUCUGCCUGCUCCCCCUCAGGACUGACUUCAGCCUGCCUCCCACAUGCUGUGCAAGGCUGAGGAGUCAGCUGAAAGCCCCCAACCACCAGUGGGUGGCUGGAAGAGGCAGUUAUCAUUGGUCAUGUGUUUGUUUCUAGAAAGUUCUCUCACUUGUAUUUACCUUAGACUAGUAGGAAAUGGAGAAUCCUAAAUCCAGCCCUAUGCUAAACUAUUCCAAGUAUAUAUAUCCAUCCCAAAGGGCAAUAUUCUGAUAUGUUUGUGGAACAUUAGGGGAAAAAAUACAUAUUUUUAGUCAGAGCAUCUUAGGGCCAUCAGAGCUGAUCCUAGCAAAAUGUACAAAGUCCCUAAAAGCAACUUGUCCACAAAAGGCCCACACUUCUCUCCUCCCCUCCCCAAGUCCUAUUUUGAAGAUGAUAACUGAAAUUAGUGGCUGAUUGGGACUUAAGCUUUGAGCGUCCCAAGGAUCUGUGCAUUUUUAAAAGAAAUUUCCAGGAAUCAUUAAGGUACCUUAACUCCUUCCCUCAUGACUCUCACUCAGAACCCUAGAUGGGGAGGGUGCAGGGUUCCAAAGGUCUUUUCUCCCAUUUGCAGAGCUGUCACCUGUUGGGCUUUGCCAACAGGUCUGAUACGUGUGUUAUUUGUAUAAAUCUCUUAAUAUUUUUACAGACAUUUCUUUCUGAAUAAGCAACCAAUGAGUCAAGUUUUGAAUAUGACUAUCCUCAAGUUAGAGAUACUUGUCUAGCUGAUAAAUUACACAUUACCUAAUUUUAUGUAUAUGUAUACAUGUAUACAUAUGUGCCUAUACAUAUGUAUAUGUGUGUAUGUGUGUGCAUGUGUACACACACAUAACCAAGUGGAGCUUCCGUUUUUAUGCUGGUUAUAUGAUGGGGUUUUUCUAUUGUUGUUAAAAUGUGCCUUAAAAAGCCUGUUACUUCAAGAGCACAUGAUUCUUUGGGGGAAAGGCAAAAAAUCCUAUGGCAUAGGACGAUGCAAGCUGACGGAAACACAUGCACUGCACUCUUCAGCAAUCACAUGCUUAUAUAGAUGUCUGCCUCAAACCCUGUAAGUGUGACAAUGACCUUAACUAAAGAUGUAGGAGGUGGGUCUUCAUGUUCAAGUCUUUUAAGUUGUGCUAUUGGGGUUAUAAGGUCUUUUGUGUUUUAUCUUUGAUAUGAGGAUUAGCUCCCAUGUUAUCAAAAUGGAUGUAUGUCCACAUUUCAUGUUCAGAGUGGGGCUGUAAACAGGGAGACCAAGCCCAUCCCAACAGUGACCACACUGGAUCAUGUGUGCUCAGUUUUAAGAGUUGAAAACUUGACGUACAGGUUUCUAGAGCAAGAUGGCCUUUUGCCUCUUGAGUCAAGUAGAAUGCGAAUGUAGAGGUAAGACUGUGAAUCAUCAUCUUUGAUUAUUUUCAGUGAUAUAGAUGACCAUGAAUGACCAGUAUGGAGUGUGUUUAUCGAAGGGAUAGAAAUUUUUU